AAACCAGAGUAUGGUAUAAGAAAUAUGUAAAAUGAUAGGGAGGCGAAAUUUAUCCCCAAAUGACAGGGUAACCCUUGAAGAUUCAAACCCUCUACUCCGACCGGAGUCUCAGUGAAAGGCUUCCUUCCUAGUCUCGUUCCGUUGUUUCUAUCGAGAUGGCGUCGAGGCAGAUGGAGGCGAUCCAGAGGAAGUUAGAGCUUCUUAACUACCCUCGAUGUAACGCCCCGUCCCAAUCGCUCCUCUUCGCCGGCGUCGAGCGAUACGCCCUGCUCGAAUGGCUCUUCUUCAGGCUAUUAGGUGACAGGUCUCCGUUUACUCAGCAGAAUUGGCAAGGAGAUAGCAUGGACCGUGAUGAGGAAAAUACUCGAAUUCAACACUUAGCGGAGAUAGCAAAUUUUUUGGGCAUUACAUGCUCAGUUGACAUUGAAGCAAUACAAGGAAAAGGUAGCUAUGAGGAACGUGUUGAAAUGCUUCAUCUGAUUGUAGAUCUUGUUGAAGCAAGCCAAUAUGCUGAUAAUCCUGAAUGGAGUGUUGAUGAACAAUUAGCUAAGGAUGUACAGUUAGUAGAUUCAAUUGCAGAAAAACAAGCUCAAAUAUUUGCAGAAGAGUUGAAACUUUUUCCAGCAGAUGUACAGAUUCAGUCUGUCUACCCCUUGCCUGAUAUAUCUGAACUGGAACUAAAGCUUAGUGAACAUUCAAAUAAACUCUUAAAUCUGCAGCAGAUGGUUCAGGAAUUAGCAUCUAAGUAUGAUUACAAUCCUAGUGAAGACUAUACGGAGGUAGAGCUAAAGCUGAGGUCCAAUUUGGAGUCUUUUCUUGAAACUGUGAAGUCUUUCAAUUUGAUUUAUACAAAGGAAAUUCGUCCAUGGACUCACAUGAUGGAAGUGCCACAAUUACAUGGGUUUGGUCCCGCUUCUAAUCGUCUGUUGGAGGCUUAUAAUACACUUCUAAAGUUUUUGGGAAACUUGAGAAGUGUUCGGGAGUCAUAUGCGGCUAUGUCUAUUGGAUCUGUAUCGACAACCGAAGAGCCAUCCUCAAUCACCAAAAUAAUUUUGGAUUGUGAAUCUGCUCUGACGUUUUUGAACCGUAGUCUCUCCAUCCUCUCGACUUCUGUGGCCAGGGAGCAAGGGAAGGCCCUAUGAAUUGGAACAUAUCAUAGAGUUAGAGAAAUAGUGAAGGUUGUUCUUGUGACAUUCAUAUAAAUAUAAAUCAGUUGUUGGAAACAAUAGUGUAUCGAUAUAAUUACCAGCCCAUCAGUUACUUUGGCCGCUGUGCGCCAUAUUGGACAUGAUAACCGUGAUGUAAGCUGAUUUCCAUGUUCUUCCUGUAGCAAAAAAAAAAAAAAAAAAGAGUUCCAUUUGAUGCAUUA